CGGGGCGAGAAUGGCUGCCGGUGGAGACGUAGGAAAGCUGUUACAAGUACAGAAUGGGACUCCUGCAAGCACAAGCUAUAACGGAGUAGACGCCCUUCACGCCUGCACCAUCCUCCAGCAGCUCAAAGCCCUGUAUGAUGAAGCGCAGCUGACCGACAUCGUCGUGGAGGUGGACCAUGGCAAGACCUUCUCCUGUCACAGAAAUGUGCUUGCUGCCAUCAGCCCUUACUUCAGAUCCAUGUUCACCAGUGGCCUUACGGAGAGCAGCCAGCGCGAGGUGCGAAUCGUUGGCGUCGAGUCAGAGUCCAUGCGCCUGGUUCUGGACUACGCCUACACCUCACGGGUCACCUUGUCCGAGUCCAACGUGCAGGCCCUGUUCACAGCGGCCAGCAUCUUCCAGAUCCCGGCGCUGCAGGACCAGUGCGCUCACUUCAUGAUCAGCCGGCUGGAUCCCCAGAACUGCAUAGGGGUGUUUAUGUUUGCAGAUGCCUACGGGCACCAGGAGCUGCGCGAGCGCUCGCAGGACUACAUCCGCAAGAAGUUCCUGUGCGUGAUGGGCGAGCAGGAGUUCUUGCAGCUGACCAAGGAGCAGCUGGUCAGCAUCCUCAACAACGAUGACCUCAACGUGGAGAAGGAGGAGCACGUAUACGAGAGCAUAGUGCGCUGGCUGGAGCACGACCGGCCGCGCCGCGAGGCUGAUCUACCAGAGGUCUUCGCCGAGUGCAUCCGUCUACCGCUGCUGGAUGAGGCUUUUCUGAGCCACAUCCCUCCCGCCUUCGCCCUGGCUCUGUCCAAAGAGCCUGCGGACAAGGGGCGGCUGAACGGCACCAGCGGCUGCCCGCAGCGCCUCGGCAUGACCGCAUCCGAGAUGAUCAUCUGCUUUGAUGCGGCGCACAAACACUCAGGGAAGAAGCAGACGGUGCCUUGCCUGGACACCGCCACGGGGAAGGUCUACAAACUCUGCAAGCCACCCAAUGACCUCCGCGAGGUCGGCAUCGUCGUCACAUCUGAGAACGACAUCUUCAUCGCUGGCGGAUACCGGCCAAGCAACAGCGAGGUGUCCAUCGAUCACCGGGCAGAAAGCGAUUUCUGGCAGUACGAGCAUGCCGGAAACCGCUGGUUACCGCGCUCCCCCAUGUUGCGAGCGCGAAUCGGCUGCAGGCUGGUGCACUGCUGUGGCAAACUGUAUGCCCUCGGUGGACGUGUGUACGAAGGGGACGGACGAAAUGCACUGAAAUCAGUCGAGUGCUACGACGCCCGGGACAACUGCUGGACUGCUGUUAGCCCAAUGCCUAUUGCCAUGGAGUUCCACAGUGCCAUAGAGUAUAAGGACCGCAUCUAUGUGCUCCAAGGCGAAUACUUCUUUUGUUUCGACCCUCGCAAAGACUACUGGGGCCACCUGGCCCCCAUGAGCGUCCCUCGCAGCCAAGGCCUGGCGGCACUGCACAAGAACCACAUCUACUACAUCGCGGGGAUCUGCCGCAACCACCAGCGCACCUUCACCGUGGAGGUGUACGACAUCGAGCAGAACAGCUGGAGCCGUCGGAGGGACCUGCCCUUCGAGCAGGCGGCCAGCCCCUACAUCAAGGCCCUGCUGCUGGGCGGCCAGCUGCACCUGUUUGUCCGCGCCACGCAGGUGAUGGUGGAGGAGCACGUGUUCCGCACCAGCCGCAAGAACUCCCUCUACCAAUACGACGAAGAGGCUGACCGCUGGACCAAAGUCUACGAGACGCCCGAUCGUCUCUGGGACCUCGGCCGCCAUUUUGAGUGCGUGGUGGCCAAGCUGUACCCUCAGUGUCUUCAGAAAGUGCUAUGAGUGGUGGAUGAGGAAGCAGGGAGUUUUUUUUUUUUUGUUUGUUUGUUUCUUUGUUGUUUAUUUUUUUUUCGGGUGGAAAAGGGGUGCCCCUUUGCCCCCUCACAUAUGGUGCUGUCCAAACACGCAAGAACCCAACGGAGGGGUGAAGUCUUAAACAAAACAAACAAAAAAAAAACGCGGCGACGCUUUCGAUCGAGGGCUAACCAGAAAGACGGCAGUAUUUUAACCUUCGAGAGACGAGCACAAAGUGCCCUCGCCGUUGCUUGUUUUACAGUCGAAAAACAAAACGAAUUAUAAGUGCAAUUAUCAUGUUGUUCGCAAGCGUUUGUUGAGCCAUGUUUUUUUUCCUUCGCUUAUAUCUUUAUGGCAUAAGUUAGGGAUUUGAUUUUGUUGUUGCUGUUUGUUUUUUUGAUUUUCCUUUGGUUUGUUGGCAUGCAGUGUUGGGACAGAGUAGAUGAUGUUGAAGUCCUUUUUUUUUCAUUUUAAUAUUAUUUUUUAGAAAGGACGAGCAGUGUGUCAGCAUCAGAAAUAUGAAAAUAAAGUAAUAAAUAUAUAAAUAGCUAUAUAUUCAUACGGGUAUGGUGGGCCGAGGUGCUCACCGUUUGGGUAGCUAGGUCUGAAGA